GAGAUUCCCGGCGAGGCCUGACGGCAUGAGAGAUGGGCUGCCAGAACUCCCAUCCAUCCGCUAUCCCCGAGCUGGAGGAGAUCAUGCAGGAAACGGGCUUUUCGCAGGCCAGCGUUGUGCGCCUCUAUGACCGAUUUCAGGCCCUGGACAAGCAGCAGAAGGGCUACCUGAGCAAAUACGACCUGCAGGGGAUCGGGGAGCUGGCGGUGAACCCCCUGGGGGACCGGAUCAUCAACGCCUUCUUCAAGGAGGGGGAAGAGCUCACCGAUUUCCGAUCCUUCAUCCGGGUCCUGGCCCAUUUCCGGCCUGUGGAGGAAGAAAAGUCCAAGGAGACUGGUCGCCCGGAGCCCAUGAACAGCCGACUCCGAAAGCUGCAGUUUGCUUUUCAGCUCUAUGACCAGGACAGUGACGGGAAGAUCUCCCGGGAUGAGAUGCUGCAGGUGCUGCGGCUGAUGGUUGGCAUCCAGGUGACGGAGGAGCAGCUGGCGUGCAUCGCCGAGCGCACCAUCCAGGAGGCCGAUCAGGACGGUGACGGCGCCAUCUCCUUCGAGGAGUUUGCCACGUCAGUGGAGAAGCUGAACAUCGAGCAGAGAAUGAGCCUCCGGCUGCUGAAGUGACCCGUCAGGAUCGGAGAGAGCCCCCCCCCACCGGCCCCCCAGCACUGGGAAGAUCCACUCUCAGAGGGGCUGCGGCCAAUCAGCUUUCAGCUCCGCCCUCUCAUCAUCCAAUGGAUCCCACCAGGGAGGGGCUGCAUCCAAUCACACUUCAGCUCCACCUUCCUGCCUCCGCAUAGUUCCAGACAGAGAAGAGCUGCUUCCAAUCAGAUUUCAUCUCUGCCCCCUCA